UUUCGGAGGCUUAAAUGCAGAUGUCUGUGUGACUCACUGUCAGAAACAGACCAGCCCACCACGCGGCGGUAGCCUAUAUAAGAACAAUACAGCGCGUUGUCAAAUUUGGGUAGCUUGCGGUGCUCAUGAAGACAACGCGUAGUCUACAGUUAUUCAUGUGACAUCAACAAUGAGCAGAUGAAGACUCGGCUUUCGACAGUUUAUUGUAGCAUUGUUUUGUUUGUAACCAGCGUUUCCUUGGAAUUGUAUCCGAUGAAAAGGCGUUAAUUUAUUUAGCAGAAUGAUUAGACGACGUGAACAUGUAGUUCUGCCAACGGAUUUGUUCAAAUAUUUACACCAGACAUGUUUGAUGAGGCUUACAGAUCGUUUGUGUCUUCAGCCAUGUGCUCCACUGUCUACCUACUAAAGUCCAAACCCCAGCGAGGGGGAAAUGUAGCCCCUCAGAGUGCCCCGUCUCUUCCUAGGCCUGAUGACAAAUCUGCUGUUGAGGGAGAGCUGGACAUUUGAUAUGAGGACAGGUUUACUCUACUAUUCCAUGCUUUGCACGUCAUUAUCUCUGUAUCUGCUGAUAAUGUUGACAAGACAGAUCAAGAGCCAGUCUGUGUGCAGCAGAGAGAGUGUGGAAAUGGUGAAACAGAUUGCAGCUAAGCUGAAAAAUGUGGAAAGCGAUUGCAUGAUGUACACUCCAAAUCAUGCAAAUUAUAAGCAGAACUGCUCCAAGUCCACAAUUACAUGCUUUGCAUUUGAAGUGAGUGUUCUGUCUGUGGAAAUCCAAGUCGAGCGUAUGGCCUUUCGGCAACUACAAAGGAUUCUCAACAGGGUGACAAAAAGAUUACAGGACGAAAUGGAGAUGAAUUGUCCAGUCUGCGAGCUCUACAAAGAAGAAAGUGCAAAGACUUUUUUGAACAGCUUGCAACACAUCUUAGAACAGAUGAAUGCUGAAAAAAUCUGUGCGCCAUAGGAAAUGAAAAGACGCAUCAGAAAAACUUUAAGUACGUGAUCUGAAGGAGCGGUUCUGCAGACACUGAAGUGGUUCUCCAGAGGUGGAACAGACGCCGUAUUCUAAGCUACAUGCCUACUGCGCACAUCUGUACAUGCAAAGAUAUAUUUUCAUAAAUAAAUUUUAACUUUUAUAUAA